AUGAAUUCCAUACUUCUUGUUAUAUUUAUAACCAUAACUUUUAUUUCCGCAUCUGAAUCGAGGUUCUCAAACGGGAGACGACACCGACGUGAUGUUGUAGGUGCCCUGGAUAUUGUUACAAACAAUGUCCAACCCAUUCAUGCUGACGUUAAAAAUGACCAGGCGCUUUCAGAAAAGCCUUGCUUAAAAUCGUUAAGAAAUAACAGGCCAGCUAGAAUAGAACCUGGCGUGGUUUUUAAGGUAACGCCUCCCAAAGACACAUUCUCACUGCGCAGGAAUUUCCCGCUAUCAAGCACAUUGGACUUAUUCCGAGCCAUCAGUAGAUUGAUCACUGUCACUGUGUUAGCUGUCAGUGCCGGCAUCGAAUUCUACCCAGUUCUACAAGGCUUCUACGAAACCAUACAUGAACUAAUUUAUUUUAAUAAAUAUUAA